AUGAUAUACCAAAAACAACCUGUUCUUGAGAAGUUAGAGGCAUGGACAGGUUCUUUCUUGAAACAGCAAAUGCUUACAGGUGCUAUUCAAGAUCAGAGACUGCGUCAAGAGGUUAACCAUGCUCUAAAAUAUCGUUACGACAGUUUAGAUUUUCUCGAGAGCAGAUGGGUUAAGGACUGUAGAUUUGAUGAACUGAAAUUUGCCAGAGUUCUACUACUCUACUGCUACUACCCCAACACUGCACUCCUCGUUGCGCCUGAAUUGGCAGAUGCUCGCCUCUCCCUUGCUAAAAAUUUUGUUCUAGCUACUGUUAUUGAUGACUUCUUUGAUGUUGAUGGUUCUCAGGAAGAAUUGGAAAACCUAAUUCAGUUGAUUGAGAGGUCCGCUAACUUGUGGGGAGAAACUUCAUCUGUUGGCUACUGUUCUGAACAAUUUGAGAUCAUUUUUCCGCAUUCAAAGACAUGA